GGAGCGGGCCCCGCCGCCGCCUACCUCGCGGGACUGUGGUGCGGGGCGGCGGCGGCCCUCCGGGAGCGUCGGUCCGAGCGGAGCGGCCGCGUGCGGCCAUGGCGCUCAUCGAGGGCGUCGGGGACGAGGUGACGGUGCUGUUCGCGCUGCUGCUGCUGGGGCUGCUGCUGGGGCUGGCCUGGUUCUCCACGCGGACGGCCGAGCGGGAGGACGCCCUCCUCGCCCCCGCCCCGCCCGCCGGGGAGCUGCGCCGCAGGACGGGCCACGCCGCGCCCCCGCCGCCCCCCGCCGCGCCCGGCCCGCCCUGCCCCGCGGCGGACGACGACGGCGGCGACGACGGCGAGCCCGCCUUCGUGCUGCGGCUGAAGUUCCUGAACGACACGGAGCGCCUGGCGCGGGUCCGCCCGCAGGACACGGUGGGCGCCCUGAAGAGGGUUUACUUCCCAGGCCAGGAACAGCUGGUCCGCCUCAUCUACCAGGGGCAGCUCCUUCGGGACGAUGCUCAGACGCUGGCUGCCCUGCACCUCACCAACAACAGCGUGGUGCAUUGCCACAUCUCCCAGCACAGGCCGCUGCCAGGGCCCGCUGGCCCUCAGACCAAUGUUGACACUGCGCACGCCGCUCUGAAUGUGGGCAGCCUGAUGAUGCCACUCCUGGUGCUGAUGCUGGGUGCGCUCUGGUACUUCCAGCUGCAGCACCGCCACGUUUUCACGGCCACCGCCACCACCUGCCUGGCAGGCCUCACCCUCAUCUUCAGCUUCGUCGCCUUUGCUGUUUAUCGCAGAUAACAGCAGAGCCCGAGGCUGCCCGCUAUGGCCCACGCCAAGACUUGGUGCCAUCUCACCCUGGCAAGGGACCUUGAGUGCUGCUCUUUCCUCCUCCCCAUUGGAGGCCUAGGCACUCCUUGGCAGCCUUGUGCUUGCCUGAGCCACGGGGGAGGCCAAGGCAGCCUCUGGCAAGAUCGGCAGGCCACAUCUAGCUGUGGGGCAUCUGGGCCACCAGCCAUGGGAGAAGAGGUCCUUACUGGCCCAUGCUUAUUUUUCCAUUAAACCUGUCAAGGAAA